AGAAAGACGAUCCACAAGUGAACCAAGAAUUCGCUUAUUUUGUGUGCCUUUCAGUGCUUCCCUUCACUCGACACACAAUAUAUAGUUAUAGUCAAAGACUAUCAGACAAUUGUGUGAAAUAUUAAUUUUUGCAUUUUAUUCAAUCAAAACCAAUUAAAUUUCCAUAAUGUCUGACGAAGAAGAGUACAGCGAGGAGGAGGAGGUUGAGGAGACCAGUACGAGCUCUGCUCCUAAAGCCGAGGCACAGCCCUCUGAGGCCGAGGCGGCGAUGGAGGAGAAAUUGAGAAAAAAGAAGGCCGAAGACGAGGAGCAGUGGACUGAUUACGUGGAACAGAGGAAGAAGGCCAGAGCUAAGGAAGAGGAAGAACUCAGGAAACUCAAGGAGAGACAGGCGUCGCGAAAGACCAAACGUGCGGAACAGGAGAAGAUGUUAUACGAGUUUAAGAGGAAACAGGAGGACCAGAGGAUCCGAGAAAUGGAGGAGAAGAAGGCGAGGGAUGCGGAGAACAAACGGAAGCGUUUGGAAGACGCGGAGAAGAAGAGGGCUGCGAUGCAGGCGGCGCUGAAUAAGACCAAUCAGAACACACCGGUUGAGCGGAACUUUGUAAUCACGAAACGCACGGACGGAGGGCCCGGCGCUGCGCUCGGAAACACUGGAUUUGAUAGAUUCUCUAAUGUAAUGUCAGCGCGAAGUGAAAUGGGAAAGACUAAGGAACAGUUGGCUGAGGACAAGAAAAUCGCUCUUUCCUUCCGAGUGAAACCCUUGCAAAUCGAUGGCCUGUCUGUGGAUGAGCUGAGGAAGAAGACGGCCAAUCUGUGGGAUCUGAUCGUUCAGUUGGAGUCCGAUAAAUACGAUUUAGAAGAGCGACAAAAGAGACAGGACUAUGACUUGAAAGAAUUGGCUGAAAGACAGCGACAAAUCAAUCGCAACAAAGCGCUGAAGAAAGGAUUGGAUCCCGAGUUAGUGGAGGCCAGUCUGGAGAAGCAAUGGGCGGAAAAGAUCAAUGAAUUCAAGGAACGGGAGGUGAAGAACAACAACAAAUGGGAUCCGACGGCCCCUAAGAAUAAGGAGACAUUCGAACCGGGAGUUCGAACCUAUGAUGACGAGGGCGACGACGACCUGUUGGACGCGUUCAUCAAACCUCCCGGUUUUGAGGAGGUGUUGGGCAGCACUAUUGCCAGCACUCCCGCACCGGCAAAGCCCGCCCCCGCACCUGAACCUGAAGAAGAGGAAGAGGAGGAGGAAGAGGAGGAGGAGGAAGAAGAAGAGGAGGAAGAGGAGGAAGAGGAAGAAGAAGAGUAG